UUAAUUAUCAGUGGCACCCGCUGAGAUUCCAUGCGUGCCAGGGCAGCAUUUCUCUCCGUCCUCAUUUGGAUAUGCGGGAGCGUUGGGGAUAGGACGACGGUAAUCACUUGGCGCGCUCCACUGCAUCACAACAUGGGCUUUUUCGAAUCGUGUUUUGGCUGUGCCGCUCGAGUUACACCCUGGAACACCGACAACACUCGACCGCUACAGAUCGGCAUCGACGAACGGAUACCAUGCCCAAAGUCCCGGUCGACGAGCUUUGGAAUCCCGAACGAAUACACAGCACCUCACGAUAGGCAGCUCCUCGUCCGACUGGUGUUCGGAUUGAUUCACGACAUGUCUCGGGUGAGAACAGACACUCUUUUUUCGACAAUUUGCAGAGGCAUCACAUUCUUGCUUUUCCCACACCUACUAAUUUCACAACGACGACGUCUUCUCCCAUCAAUGGAACAAGAAACGAGAGGAGACUCUUAAAAAUGAUCUUCUGAUCAAUCAACCGCGAUGACAGGCUUCACUUGCGAUGCAAGCUACCACGACACCCGACGCACCUCUAGGUCCCUAGCCCACCGGAAGACGUCCGCUCCGGUCGGCUAUACUCCUAGCGACAUUCUUCAGCGGACCUUCCGCUGUUUUCCCCCUUGCAGCUCUUGCGCUCCGUCUCUUUGCUUUCCGCCGAGCUCGGCGAUAUUCCCGGUCUUCUCCCGGAGCCACCAAACAUUGAUAAGACUGUCUCUUAUCGAUUAGAUCCACGAUAAGAUACGAUAUAUUUAUAGAUAAAGCAGCCCAUCGAAUCGAGCUUCCC